GGCCUCGCCACACCCCUCGCUCGCGCACACGGCACACCACCAGUCCAGUUCCCAGUACACUGCUCUACGCCUCACUCAGUACAGCAGCGGCCAGCGGCUGCCUAAUCUCUCCAGCCCUUUCGCCCCCUCCCUCGCCACGCCGCCCACCGCUGCCGCGUCAUCAUCCGCCCGUUGCCCGGCCGUCGUCGCCUGGCCCGCGGCUUCCGUUCCGCCCCCAUUCGCCGCCGCACUGCACCGCAGCGCGCCGAGCCCCGUCCCAGAUCGCCGCGGCGCUUCCUGCUGGCGUCGGCGCGGCGCAGGGUUGGAAAUCUAUUUGACCACUCAGUGAGUGGCCUCAUGUUAAAUCCAUCUCUGGUUUGAAGAUGCUUCACCAAUGACAUCUGGAAACUGUAAUAGUAUGUGCUGAUCUUCUAUGCUUCACCACCUGAUUAUCAAUGGGCUCUUUCCUGAGGAAACAGCCCAGCUACCUCUUUGUUUUGAUAGUUCUGCACCUUGUUGCUCAUGAGGCAAGAACGCUGAGUUCAGAUGGCGAAGCACUUCUUGCCUUCAAGAAGGCAGUUACAAAUUCAGAUGGGAUCUUUCUAAAUUGGCGUGAGCAAGAUGCAGACCCCUGCAAUUGGAAGGGUGUUAGAUGUGAUAGUCAUAGCAAGAGAGUGAUUAAUCUGAUUCUUGCAUACCACAGAUUAGUUGGGCCCAUACCACCAGAAAUCGGAAGGUUAAAUCAAUUGCAAACUUUAUCUCUGCAGGGGAACAGUUUGUAUGGUUCACUCCCUCCUGAAUUGGGGAAUUGUACCAAGUUGCAACAAUUGUAUCUACAAGGAAAUUAUUUAAGUGGGUACAUCCCUUCAGAAUUUGGUGAUCUGGUGGAACUCGAGACAUUGGACUUAUCCAGUAAUACAUUGAGCGGAUCUAUUCCACAUUCUCUUGAUAAGUUGUCCAAACUUACAUCAUUCAAUGUUUCCAUGAACUUCCUGACAGGAGCAAUACCAUCUUCUGGUUCACUUAUCAAUUUCAAUGAGACAUCCUUUGUUGGGAACCUUGGUUUAUGUGGGAAGCAGAUAAACUCGGUGUGCAAAGAUGCACUUCAAUCACCAUCAAAUGGUCUGCAGUCACCUUCCCCAGAUGACAUGAUUAAUAAAAGGAAUGGGAAUUCUACCAGACUUGUUAUAAGUGCAGUGGCAACAGUGGGAGCUCUCCUAUUGGUGGCUUUAAUGUGUUUCUGGGGUUGCUUUCUUUACAAAAAUUUUGGAAAGAAAGAUAUGCGUGGUUUCAGAGUGGAGCUUUGUGGAGGCUCUUCUGUCGUAAUGUUCCAUGGGGACCUCCCUUACUCCUCAAAAGACAUCCUCAAGAAGCUAGAGACUAUGGAUGAAGAAAAUAUCAUUGGAGCAGGAGGCUUCGGAACUGUUUAUAAACUUGCAAUGGAUGAUGGCAAUGUCUUUGCCUUGAAAAGAAUAGUGAAAACAAAUGAAGGGCUAGAUCGGUUCUUUGAUAGAGAACUUGAGAUAUUGGGAAGUGUUAAACAUCGCUAUUUGGUCAAUCUUCGUGGUUAUUGCAACUCUCCUUCAUCAAAACUUUUGAUAUAUGAUUAUCUUCCAGGUGGAAGCCUGGAUGAAGUGCUUCAUGAAAAAUCUGAACAGUUGGAUUGGGAUGCACGUAUUAACAUUAUACUUGGAGCUGCAAAAGGCUUGUCUUAUUUGCAUCAUGACUGUUCGCCUCGAAUAAUACAUCGUGAUAUUAAGUCAAGCAACAUCUUGCUUGAUGGCAAUUUUGAGGCCCGUGUGUCGGACUUUGGACUUGCAAAGCUUUUAGAGGAUGAAGAAUCACAUAUUACUACAAUAGUUGCAGGAACAUUUGGUUAUCUUGCACCAGAGUAUAUGCAAUUUGGCAGAGCCACCGAGAAGACUGAUGUCUACAGUUUUGGGGUUUUGGUACUUGAAAUACUUAGUGGAAAGCGGCCUACUGAUGCAUCCUUCAUUGAGAAGGGAUUAAACAUUGUUGGAUGGUUAAAUUUUCUGGCUGGUGAGAACCGGGAGAGGGAAAUUGUCGAUCUGAACUGUGAAGGAGUGCAGACUGAGACCUUAGAUGCCCUGCUUUCUCUUGCCAAGCAAUGUGUUAGCUCUUUGCCAGAGGAGCGGCCGACAAUGCACAGGGUGGUACAGAUGCUCGAGUCGGAUGUAAUUACACCGUGCCCUAGCGACUUCUACGAUUCAGAGUAGUCUCCUGGACAAAGCCACACUGCUGCUAAUUUCCCGUGGAGGCGCAUUCCUUUAUUCUUUGCAGAUAUUGUGUAAAUGCAUUGCCGCGGUGUUUGGUCUCCAAAUCGGCUGGUUCAACGGGUGACAUUUUUGCGUCUGUAUACCUAUGUAUGUAUCUGUCAUGCUACAAGUUGGCUAUAUCCUGAUUUAAUAAGAGAGAACUUACCAGUA